UUGUAUUAGGAAUCAUGGAAGCGAAGAAAGUGACAGAAGAGGAAGAGGAGAGAUGGAGGAGAGAGAUAGUAACAAGCGUGAUGAGAUUAGUGAGCACGAGAUUGCCUCAGACAGAUCUAAUCUCUCUACUUCUUGUUAGCCCUUGGCUCUAUCGCACCCUCGUCUCCUAUCCUUCUAUUUGGCUGAACAUUGAUUUGCGCGAGAUGACCAAUGCAGGGGAUCGGCUUUUAGCUGCGCUGUCCUUGCCAAGAUAUCGGCAAGUGAAGCAUAUCAAUCUUGAAUUUUCCCAGGGUAUUGUGGACAGUCAUCUUAAUCUUGUGAAAGCCCGGUGCCCAGAUGCUCUCUUAAGUUUAAAAUCCUUGAAUCUUAAUGGGUGCCAAAAGAUUUCGGACAGUGGAAUCGAAGAUAUAACUAGCAUAUGUCCAAAGUUAAAAGUUUUCUCUAUCUACUGGAACGUGAGGGUGACCGAUGCUGGCAUUAAACAUCUAGUGAAGAAUUGCAGACAUAUCAUUGAUUUGAACCUAAGUGGCUGCAAGAGCCUAACGGACAAAAGUAUGGAGCUAGUAGCUGAGAGUUAUCAAGAAUUACAGUCACUGAAUAUCACCAGGUGUGUUAAGAUUGCAGAUGAUGGUUUACUUGAAGUGCUACAGAAAUGUUCCUCUCUCCAGACCUUAAACCUCUAUGCUCUUUCAGGCUUGACUGACAAGGCCUACAAGAAAAUAUCACUUCUAGCUGAUCUAAGGUUCUUAGAUCUAUGUGGUGCUCAGAAUCUAUCUGACGAGGGGCUUGGUGACAUAGCUAAAUGCGACAAGCUAGAGUCUCUCAACUUGACAUGGUGUGUGCGUAUCACAGAUGCAGGUGUGAUUACAAUGGCUAAUAGUUGUACUUCCCUCGAAUUUCUCAGCUUGUUUGGAAUAGUAGGAGUGACUGAUAGAUGUCUGGAGACUCUCUCGCAGAGAUGCUCUAGUACACUGACCACUCUUGAUGUCAAUGGCUGCAUCGGCAUCAAGAGACGAAGCCGUGAAGCGUUGCUUCAGAUGUUCCCUCGUCUGACAUGCUUCAAAGUACACAGCUAAUUUGCUCUCAUUAUGUCACGAUUCUCAACAGGUGUCGUAAUUCUACCAUUAGUUAUAAUGGCUUCCAGUCACAUUACUCUUGUCUUAAUCAGUCGCGGUAUGUUUUAUUAACAAGCCAUGGUUAGGCAUGUCAAUAAGGGCUAAAGCCCGCGAGCUAGUUUGGCCCGGCCUUGAAAAACAUCGGGUUCGGGCUUAAAUAUAUAUGUCCAGAAAAAACCGGGCUUUUUGGGCUAAGUCCAUUCGGGCUAAAGGGUUUUUUGGGCUUAGCCCGGUCGGGCUCGGGCCGUCCCGA